ACAGGCUACUCGGCUAUAAGUAAAUUUGUCAUUUCGUUAUCCGUGAUAGGUAGGUAUCUCUAAAUGACUCCGGAUUGAUUACCCUCAACUAUCACAAUAAUUAUUUUGCUUUUCGUGUAUGAUGUGCAAAUAAAUGUUUUAAGUAUUUUAUGUUUAACCUGUUCCGGUAGAUAGAAAUAUUUUUCGCUCGAUCAUAGCUCAGUCGUGUGUUAACCAAAGUACGGACGUUAGUUCAGCCGCUGGUUCGCUAGCUCGUACACAUGUGAAAGCUGUGAAUUUUUACUUUUGUGGUUUUCAUAAAACCGUUGUUUUAAUUAUCCGUCAAACUGUUAAAUAAGUCAACAUGAAUUUUACCAGAGUUGCAAAAUUCCACCUACGCCGUUAUGAUAAAUCUUACAUAGUACUCAGUAACAAUUACAUAAGAUCUCUUCACACUGAACAAUGGAGGUGUACAAAAAGUUUAACCUGCUCCAAUGUUGCUUUACAUCAGCAGCAUUCAACCAGUCAUUCGUCGGACAAACUAGUAUUUUCAAACCCUUGCAUUCGUGGGUUGGCCACAACUCCGUUUCGAUUUUCAGAAAAACCAUCUUCAAGGAUUGAAGAAACUGUUAAUGCAGUAAAAGAAAAAGCGCAGAAAGAAACUGAAGGUUCAAUUUCGACAGUUAAGCCUAAAAAAUCACUGAAACAAAAAAUUAUGGAUGAAGUGAUGCAUUACUAUCAUGGUUUCAAGCUGUUAGGACUCAACAUCAAAAUAUCAUUCGUGUUAGCUAUCAAAAAAAUAAGUGGUAGAGAACUUACCAGGAGAGAACACAAUUUAUUAGUUCAAACCAUGGCUGAUCUCUUCCGGCUGCUGCCUUUUUCCGUAUUUAUAGUUGUUCCAUUCCUCGAAUUUGCGCUACCAGUUUUUAUUAAAUUCUUCCCUGGAAUGCUACCAACGACUUUCCAAACGACACUUGAUAAGGAAACCAAACUCAAGCAAUCCUUAAAGGUCAAAUUAGAAAUGGCUAAAUUUCUACAGGAAACCCUUGACAAUAUGUCUGUAUCGGGGAAGGGACAUACAUGCGAGUCUGCCAAGGAUUUUGCAGAUUUUUUCGCUAAUGUAAGAAAGGAAGGCACUGUAAUAUCGGCUGAUGAAAUACUGAAGUUUUCCAAAUUGUUCAAAGACGAAAUUACUCUCGACUCACUUCCUCGUCCUCAGUUAGUUGCACUCUGUCGUGUACUUGAACUGCGGCCAAUCGGAACAUCAAAUUUUUUGAAAUUUCAGUUACAACUUAAACUUCGAUCACUGGCAAUCGAUGAUAAAAUGAUUCAAAAAGAAGGUGUCGACUCUCUGACUUUGAGUGAACUCCAACAAGCGUGCAAAUCACGAGGAAUGCGUGCCUACGGUCUUACUGAAAAACGUUUACGCCAACAGCUGACGCAAUGGCUUGACUUGUCGUUAAAUGAAAAAGUGCCUCCGUCGUUGCUUCUACUUUCAAGAGCAUUUAGUUUUACAGAAAAUAUUCCAACUAGUGAUUUAUUGAAGAAAGCUAUUUCUUCGUUGCCCGAAGCUGUUGGUGUAUUCACUGAAGCUGACUUAGGUGAACGGGAAGGCACAAUAGACAACAAAGCUAAAUUACAAGCCAUUAAGGAAGAAGAACGUAAGGUUAAGGAAGAAAAGCAAGAGCAUUUGGAAGAAAAACAAAAAGAAUUGGAAGCUGCUAAAAAGAAAGAGUUGGAUGAUGCCAAAAAAAGAGAGUCGGAUGACGCCAAAAAGAUUAGUGUCAAAGAAGAACUAAUUGACAGCGCACCAGUUAUAACUGAUACAACUGGAAUUCAACUAAAAGAAGAGGAAGUAUCGUCUAACGAUUUGAGAACUCUAGAAUGUGCUAUUGAAAAUUUGGAGAAGAAAAAGCUACUCGUUGAAAAGGAGGAAAUCAAAGAACUUAAAGAUGAGCUUAAAGAUUACCAAGAAGAUGUACAAGACCUACAAGAUGUAAUGAAAACUGAGAAGAAAGAACAGGUCAGAGAGUCUAAAGCAGCUAAAAGAUUGUUCAAAAAGGUUAACAACAUGAUCAACAAAAUGGACUUUGUCGUUCAAAAUUUGGAAAAGAAAGAAAAAGAAAUCAAAAAAGAUAUAGAAACAAAAGAUACUGUCGAAGAAAUAAAAAGUCAAGAGAGUGAAUUGAUCAAAAUUGACGAGAUAAUAGGGGCGGUAAGAAAACUGCAAAACGUCCCAGACGAGUAUAAACUCCAACAAAUCAGUGAAGUAUUGAGUAAAAUAGAUGAUGAUCGAGAUGGAUCCAUUCGAUUGGACACCGUAUUAAAAGUAUUGGAAUUAAUUGGUACAGAAAAAGUUAAGCUGUCUGCUAAAGAAAUGGACAUGAUUACUGGGCUUGUAAUGAAAGAAGAGGAAAUGGAAACCAUGGAAAAGCUGAACAAAGUACAAAAGUCGGACAAAAAUGACGACAAGCAGAUAUUGCCUAAGACUGAGACGGUGUCAAAAAAAAUAAUCACUUCGGCAAUUAUCGAUUCCGAAAUAGUCUCAGAUAGAAAAAUACCACCACUACCACCGACGAGUACAACAACAAAAAUCGAUGAAUCCAAAAAACUCUGAAUUCUAAAUUAUAAUUGUAAUAUGUUAUAAUAAUUUCAAAGAGUUUAAAUUUGUCGUCGUUAAAAAUUAUAAAUGUGAUAUUUAUUUUAAUUCAUUUCUAUAGUGUUAAUGUGAUGCAAUCCUUUGUUUUUCUCCCUUCUGUUUAUUAAUAAAUUAUGCUUACGCGUUUAGAUAAACAAAA